CGUUUCCAAAAGCGGUGUUUGUUUCCGACUCGACAGCACACACACUCUCCACCGCGGGAGACAGAUCUCGUCUGGCUGUCACGCUGCCCGACUCCACCUGCCCGAGACACACACACACACACACACACACGCAUACAGACAGCGCGCGCGCCCUGACCGCCAGCCGCCUCCGAUCACCUGGACAGGACAGGACAGGACAGGACAGACAGACGAGCACUAUGACGAACAAGAAACUCGUCUCCUGGGGCCAUAAGCUGGUGCGGCGGCGCGUGUUGGACUACUCCCAGGAGGUGACCCGCUUCGCCCGCUGCCUCUCCACCCUGGAUCUGGUGGCGCUGGGGGUGGGCUCCACACUGGGCGCCGGCGUUUACGUGCUGGCGGGAGAGGUGGCCCGGGAGAAGGCGGGUCCCGCCAUCGUGCUCUGCUUCCUCAUCGCCGCCCUCUCCUCUGUGCUGGCGGGCCUCUGCUACGCCGAAUUCGGAGCCCGUGUGCCCAGGACAGGCUCCGCCUACCUCUACAGCUAUGUAACUGUGGGCGAGGUCUGGGCCUUCAUCACGGGGUGGAACCUCAUCCUUUCCUACGUCAUCGGGACAGCCAGCGUGGCCCGAGCCUGGAGCUCCACCUUCGAUAACCUGGUGGAGCAAAAGAUCUCCGGCUUCUUCAAGAGCUACAUGUCCAUCAGCGCAGGCGGGAAUGUGCUGGCUCAGUAUCCAGACAUCUUCGCCCUGGGACUCAUCAUUCUGCUCACCGGCCUGCUAGCGUUUGGCGUCAGUGAGUCAGCUUUGGUGAACAAAAUCUUCACCGCGGUGAAUCUGGUGGUGCUGAGCUUCGUCAUCAUCUCGGGCUUCAUCACGGGCAAUAUCAAGAACUGGCAGCUCACAGAGGAGGACUUCAGAAGCACAAACAACGUCACCAGUCCCGAGUUGGAGAAACAGUUUGGAACGGGAGGAUUUGCCCCGUUCGGCUUCAGCGGGGUUCUGUCUGGCGCCGCUACCUGCUUCUACGCAUUUGUGGGCUUCGACUGCAUCGCGACUACAAGUGAAGAAGCCAAGAACCCGAUGCGCUCCAUCCCCAUCGGCAUCGUGGCCUCGCUGCUCAUCUGCUUCUUCGCCUACUUUGGCGUGUCCGCGGCACUCACGCUCAUGAUGCCCUACUACACCCUCGACACGCAGAGCCCGCUGCCCGAGGCCUUCAAACACGUGGGCUGGGGACCCGCUCGCUACAUUGUGGCCGCUGGCUCGCUCUGCGCUCUCUCCACCAGUCUUCUGGGCUCCAUGUUUCCCAUGCCCCGUGUGAUCUACGCCAUGGCUGAGGACGGGCUGCUCUUCCGCUUCCUUUCCCGCAUGAACAAGAAGACCAAGACACCCCUGCUGGCCACCGUUGUGUCGGGGCUCGUGUCAGCUCUCAUGGCCUUCCUCUUCGACCUGGCUGCCCUCGUUGACCUCAUGUCUAUUGGAACCUUGCUGGCCUACACCUUGGUGGCCGUGUGUGUCCUCAUCCUGCGGUACCAGCCAGGCAGCCUGGGCCCAUCCGGCUCCAGCGGAAAGAUGACGGAGCUGGAGAAGACGGACAUUGCAGACGGUGACAGUAAGGACAGCGGAGAAAGUGGAGACAGUGGAGACGGCGAAGGACGCUUCGCAGCGCGCCUCCUUCUCAUGCCCGCCUCGAGCUCGCCCACUCAGACCUCGGGCCUCAUCGUCUACGUGGCCACUGCCGUCAUCUCUGUGCUCUUCACCCUGCUCUGCAUGGUGCUGGCUCUGUGUGACGUGAGGACCCAGCCGGCGUGGCUCAGCACGUCCGUGGUCUUGGGGCUGCUCUCCGUGCUCUGCCUGCUCAUCAUCUGGAGGCAGCCGCAGAGCAAGGAUGAGCUCACCUUCAAGGUGCCCCUGCUUCCUGUGCUGCCGGUGGUCAGCAUCUUUGUCAACCUCUACCUGAUGAUGCAGCUGGAUUUGGCCACGUGGUGCCGCUUCGCUGUCUGGAUGGGCGUCGGGUUCCUGAUAUACUUCGGCUAUGGCAUCAGGAACAGUUCAGAAGGCAUCAAGAAGCCUUCCGAAAAUGGCGAGCUUCCAGGGAAGGGCCCCACGUACCGGGCAGGCUCAGAGAGCGAGGCGGAAGUGGUCGUCCCCUGACAGAAUCCCCACCCGAACUACCCCCACCAUCACUGACCUGUCUUCUCAUGAAUCAACCAGUACACAUCCCAUCCUGUGGCGGGACUGCAGAGCUCAGCUGGGUCCAUCGGGAUGACUAAAUGGACUUCGUCACUGGAUUCACACGUCCGCGUUUCCACAUAGCCCGGCUGCAGUGGUGAACGUUCGCCAAGUGUUAUUUAUUACCAACGUCCUCAUUAUUUUUUCUUUGUCCUCUGUGUUUGCAAGGGGUUUGCACUAACACACUUGCAGAGAAGGGCGCCCAACUCUUUUAAGCACGCCAUCAGAUGUACGCUGGGGGCUGGACUGUACCAUGCCGAGCGCUGGUGGGGCGAAGCCAAAGAUGCGAUCGAGACCAAACGUAGUCGUUUCCAUCCCUCUCGUAAGGAUCCAGCCCUUCUUGUGGACCUUGCGGUAUUUACCCCCCAUUACCCUACCCCCACAUCGCUUGGUACUCGAGCCUUUGAAGCACCUUGUACAGUGUUGGAGCCAGUACCGUGUACCCUACCCACCCAUAUAGUACCCUAGAUUGGAAAAGAGGUGAUGGGGUUAGGGAGGUCCAGGAGGCAGAGUGCAUUGUGGGUAUUCCCUUCCCCACGGAUGUAUCCAGAACUUGACAAUCAUGAGCCAUUAAGUGUUCUCGUUUCCUGAGAGAUAAAGCUUUAAAAGUCACUAUU